GGGGCCCAAACAAAGCCCACCUACUGGUGCAAAUUUCCCCUUCCGCACAACCACACGCGGCGGCGGCGGUGUGUAGAGAGAGAAUAAUGGAGGGGAGAGAAGACGACAAGAAAGGCGGCGCCGCCGCCCCCGGCAGCUCAGCGCCGGGGACGAGAUUCAAGAACCUGGUCUCCAGGGAAUACUACAGCCACAAGAAGAAGGUGCACUCUGUAGCAUGGAACUGCAUAGGCACAAAGCUUGCUUCAGGCUCUAUAGAUCACACUGCCCGUGUCUGGAGCAUUGAUCCCCAUGGCCAUUCCAAGGUUAAAGACAUUGAACUGAAAGGCCACUCAGAUAGUGUAGAUCAGUUAUGCUGGGAUCCAAAGCAUCCUGACACAGUUGCCACUGCAGCUGCUGACAAGUCAAUUCGCCUUUGGGAUGCGCGAAGUGGGAAAUGCCAAGUUGUUGAACUCAGUGGAGAAAACAUCAACAUCACAUACAAACAUGAUGGCACUCACAUAGCUGUUGGAAAUAAGGAGGAUGAGCUAACCAUAGUGGAUGUUCGGAAGCUAAAACCCGUCCACAAACAGAAGUUCCCUUACGAGAUUAAUGAGAUUGCAUGGAAUAAAACUGGAGAUUUAUUCUUCAUAACUACUGGGCUUGGAUUUGUUGAGGUGGUCAACUAUCCUUCCCUUGAUGUUGUCUGCAAAUUAAAUGCCCAUACAGCAGGGUGCUAUUGCAUAGCAAUGGAUCCCCUUGACAGGUAUUUUGCUGUUGGAAGUGCAGAUUCACUUGUCAGUCUUUGGAAUGUCAAAGAGCUGCUAUGCAUUAAAACCUUCACAAAACUUGAGUGGCCUGUCAGAACAGUUAGCUUCAAUCACACUGGAGAAUUUAUUGCAUAUGCCAGUGAAGAUCCUUUCAUUGACAUUGCCAAUAUUCAGACUGGACGAUCAAUUCAUCAGAUUCCAUGUAAAGCAGCUAUGAAUAGUGUUGAAUGGAAUCCUAAAUACAACCUCCUGGCUUAUGCAGGAGAUGACAAGAAUAAGUACCAGGCUGAUGAUGGUAUGGUGGUCGCAGUUACUCAUUUUAGUGCUGUCGAAUGAAAUAAAACGCAUAAUUUUGCUUGAACCUCUUGCUCAAUAGUUUCUGAAAAACCACAAGCACGUUAUAACAUCCCAAACAACGGAAUCUUUGCCAUUAUCUUUUCUGUUAAGAACAUCCAUUUAUGGUAAAACUAAUAUUCUUCCCUCUGUUACUUCUUUUUUCCUGUUGCCCAUUGUUUCCCGCUGCUUCUACUAUCCUGCAUCCAAGUACGUGAGUGGACAUGACGGGAAAAAUUAAGAUUCCAUUUUCUGCAUGCUAUGUUCUCAGUGUUUGGAUUUUGUAAUGCAGUUGAGGAGGUUUGUAAUGUUGUCCGUGGGAAUGUCGAUGUUUCAGGAACCAUCGAGCAAAUUUCCUCCCCGUCGAUUUCAUUAACUCCUGAACUUAAAAAAAACUAUUACCUUCAGAUGCAUUUAUUUCACUUCAUAACAAUGUAGCUUUGUGAUUGCUCAAUUCUUCAUCU